AUGGCCAUUUUGGACCUUGGCCUCGCACAGGUCGCGACAAGGCCUCUCAAGCCAUCGGCAGUUGCCUUUCGAAGCGCCCGCGUGCACCUCUUGCGCAAAAACUCUCCCCGUCCGGCUCUUCUAUCCCGAUGCCGACCACGGCCCGUUCAAGCACGAUGGCAUUCCGACGACAGCUCGCCAUCAGCCGCAUCAUCCUCCCCCCCGGCAGACGCGUCUAGCCCACAGCAAAUAAUGCGCAAGCGCCGCGAGUCGGCGGGCGGAAAGUUCAACCUAUACGGCGACGACUGGGAGGAUUCGGUCGAUUUUGCCAUCAAGUCGUUCGAAGACCUACCUCACCGUCUCUUCGGCUUCAAUCAGCACAUGAUCAUCAACUACGAGCUGAAGGAGGCGCUGCGCAUAAUGCUCCGUCAGUUCAACGCCCCCAUAGUCUACUGCUUUGCCUACGGUUCUGGCGUCUUCCCUCAGGAGGAUGUCUCGGGCCGCAGCAUCACCGAGGCAGAGUUCCGCGCCGUCCACCCGAAGCCUCCCGAGGCCCUGGUGAAGGCUCAGAAGGGCUCUCCGAAGAUGAUCGACUUCAUCUUUGGCGUGAGCCACACGGAGCACUGGCAUUCCAUCAACAUGAAGCAGCAUCGGGACCACUACUCGGCCAUCGCCUCUCUCGGCUCCGGUCUCGUCUCCCGCGUUCAGGACUGGGGCGCCGGCGUCUACUUUAAUCCCUACAUUGAGAUGAACGGCAUGUUGAUCAAGUACGGCGUCACGAGCAUCCAGAACCUCGUCAAGGACCUCUCGACCUGGGACAAUCUCUACCUCGCCGGUCGGCUGCAAAAGCCCGUAAAGAUCCUGCGCGACCAUCCCCAGGUGCGGCUUGCCAACCAGCACAACCUCAUCGCCGCCGUCCGCACCGCCAUGCUGCUGCUUCCGCCCGACUUUACCGAGACGCAGCUCUACAGCGCCAUUGCCGGCAUCAGCUACCUCGGCGACCCGCGCAUGGCUCUCCCGACCGAGAACAAGAGCAAGGUGGCCAACAUCGUGACCAACAACGUCGUCCACUUCCGCCGCCUCUACGCGCCCCUCGUCAAGACGCUCCCUAACGUCUCCUUCACCAGCCCCGUGCGCCUCGACGAUGAGGACUGGGUGCUCGACCCCAAAGCCGACGCACGACUCCAGCAGGACAUGGACCCCGUCAAGCGUGGCAACAUGGUCCACCGCCUGCCCAGCCACUUCCGCUCCCGCCUCUACUUCCAAUACCAGAAAAAGUUUGCCAUGCCGCGCGAUGAGUUCACCCGCAUGAUGGAAGCCUCCGCCGACGAUGCCGCCACCUCCAUAAAGCGCCGUCAGGGCGGCGAGUUUGAGCGCCGCAUCGCCCGUGACGACCCGAGCCAACUCCAACGCAUCGUCCGCCAGGUCAUCAAGCAAACGGUCAACUGGCCAAGCACCGCGCAGAGCGUCAAGGGCCUGCUGAUGGGGGGCUGUUCGCGCUCCUGGCGCUACCUCGGCGAGAAGGUCGACAAGUGGAGGAAGGGCCGUCGGGAGGCGACCAAAUCCAAGGACGGCCCGGCGAAGCAGGGGCAGCCCGAGGAGAGUAAAAAUGGAGGCUAA